CUUGAUCUGGUCCAGAUGAUCACAAGACUCAAUCUACACCAGCUGCUAACACUAUGAAGGACCAGGCUAAUGUCAAUAUUCAGCUCAGCAAAAAGAAGUUAGCCUCAAGAGCUUAUACUGCUACCAUAAGGAUUCUAACUUCAAAUGGGGUUGCUCCAUCAAAUGAAACUACUCUAGCUACUCUCCGGUCCAAGCAUCUCUUUGCUCCUCCCCCUGUUUUUUCCUCUGAGCUCCAUGGUGUGCAACUUCUUAUUACAAACUCUAACAUGGUUUUCAGCAGACUAUGUAGUUUUCCCAAGGGUACUAGUUGUGGUAGAGAUGGGCUUCAUGCUCAGCAUAUGCUUGAUGCACUUACAGGACCUGCUGUUGCCAUUGCUAAUGAGGUUCUUCAUUCUGUUACUGCUAUUGUAAAUCUUUUAUUGUUAGUUGGCACUAUAUGGAAGAGAUUAGUGUCCAAAGUUGCAGCUUCUAUGAUUAACAAGGAAAUGGCUUCUUAUUUGGGAAAGUUUCAAUUUGGUGUUGG